AUGGAUAACAAACCCCGGCUAAAAGACCGCCUCGCACGAAUUUUCCGGCCAUCGGCGCUUCUCCGUUCCUCCGGCGCUGCCGUCGGAAGUAGCCGGAGCCUUUCUGCCGGUGAAAGCACCAGGAGCUUUUCUGCCGCCGCAGAUAUUGCCCACGAACCAAUCUUCAUCUCCCGCUGCCGCGCCAGCGAAGCCGAUGAGCUCCACUUUGCUCUCCUCCGCCGUUCCUUCUCACUUGACCGCCGGCCGAGCCGGAAUCUCUGCGGAGGCUGCCGUCCCACCGCCGCCGCCUCGCCAGCAGUGAAGGAUAAGGUGAAGAAGGAGAACAGGAAGAGCGAAAGGAGCGAUUUAUAUGCGACGGGAGAACUCGGAGAAGGAGAUGGAAAGACCUGCCCGCCUGCUUCGCCUUCAGUUGAAUCUCCAAAUAGUGCUCAUUUGUAUUACUAUUGGAUCAAAGAAGCAGAGUUGAAGGAUAAGAGGAAGAAAACGAAGAAGAAGAUGAUUAUGAAACAGAGGCAAAGGUGUCGGUCAAAUCGUCAUGAACUUAGUAUCUCUUCUUCCUUCGGCGAGGAAGGCUUCGGAUUCUUCAGCAGUGAGGAAACAGAUACUUUCUUCUCCUCGAGGAGCUUCUCCUCCGACUCCUCCGAGUUCUACCGCCGCCCCUCGCCCAAAACGAGGAAGAGUUCUAAGAAAAAGGAGAAGAGCAAUACGAAGAAACAAGACGAAAAAUCCAAUUUAUCUUCUCGCCGGCGAAGGCCGGCGGAAGUGGCAAGACGAAGAGAUGCUUUCAUCAAUGAUUUUCAGCCUUUGGUUUCUGUUUCUUUUUCUGAUGAAAAUGAAGCAGAGAAGAAACGCAGAGAAGGUUUCCCAGUUCUGAAAAAAUCUAGUGAUCCUUACAGUGACUUUCGGAGCUCCAUGGUCGAGAUGAUAGUGGAAAGACAAAUAUUUGGAGCUCAAGAGCUCGAGCGACUUCUUCAUUCUUACCUUUCUCUCAACUCUCCUGAAAUCCACUCCGCCAUUUUUCGAGCUUUUGCAGAUAUAUCUAAAGUUCUGUUCAGCUACUAA